AUGGCCCCGUUCGAACUGAAAAACGGAAACCAGUUCGUGGGUGCACCCGAUCAAAGCAAGGUGGAGGUAUACGAGUUGAGGAGCCGCCCGGCGACCGCCACAAAGUCGUCCGGCGUUAAGCGCAGCGACUGGGCAAAGGUCGGGACGGUUAUCGCCGCGGAUAGCCCCAAUCCAGUUACCCACAACUCGCUCAAGGUGGUCGGCAGAGAUUUCAAGGCGCAAGCCCUGCGUCGCCUCGCGGGAGAUCUAGCCAAGUCGCGGCUGCUCGUCAACCGGGAAGGCCUCUGCUACGUUGACGUCACGGGAGGCGGAUUCGGAGUGGACUACUUCCGGGUCCAAGACCUGUUCGGGUGGUGGCGGUACGGGGUGGAGGUCGCCGGCGGGAACACAGACGACCAGCCGCCCAUGGAGGACAAGGAAGUGAUAGUGGUAGAGCAGUCGGGACCUCCGAGUGGCGGGGGCAAGUCAACUCUGUCGUUGACCCGGAAGAAAGACGGGAGCAUUAUUACCACUACUGCUGACGAUGAAGAGCCGCCCAAGGCUGAACGUCCUGUGGGGAGCAGAGGGGGCCCACUUAGACCCGGAACUGCAGCUCCGCAUCCGCUGCAGCAGCGGCCCCUGCGGCCCAGACAGCCAGCGGCGCAGCCUAGAGUGGCGGAUCCAGGAAAGGCAGCGGCCAAGAAUCGCCGCCGGCUCCCGCGAACAAAGCUGCGCAAGACGUCGUCGCACUCUGGCGGCAGGAGGGAUAGCGAUAUUAGCUAUUCGCGCCCUCAGGGUGUGGCGGAUGCCAUGGAAGGGAAGUGGAAGUCCCAGAGGACCUUCCUGCCGUACGACCAAGACGUCGCGGGGCUUCACCCGAGUCAAGGUAUGGAAUACUCGUCUGACUCGGAGUUGGAUCGGGACAGCUGGUGGUUCAUAAAAGGAUGGGAGAACAACACGGAAGUGAUGAUUGCUUACUACCAAAGGGAAAGGGAGCUGGAUAGUGGUGGUGAUGCUGGUGGGCACGGUUUGAAAAAUCAUUAUUAUCACGACAGUGAUGAGAAGAAAAGUAACUUUCAGAUCCCAUACCCUGAGGAUGAGGUCAAUUUUUUUUCCUACCCACAGUGCUUCGUUGGAUUCAUCUUGGGAGUUGGGGAGAGGUUCAUGUUUCUGUACUAG